AUGGAGUCUGUAUCUUCCUCCUACACCUCCUCCCUCACUCUCCUCCUAAUCCCGUCCUCAAUCGCCGCCGCCGUCCUUCUCCUCCUCCUCGCCGCCCUCCGCCUCCUCAAAUCCCGUAUCUGCUGCCCCUGCCAGAUCUGCCAGUCGUACCUCAAAUCCAGCUGGACCCUAGAGUACAACAAUCUCUGCGACUGGUACACUCACCUCCUCCGCUCCUCCCCCACCCGCACCGUCCACAUCCACGUCCUCAACAACACCAUCACCGCCAACCCGGCCAACGUCGAGUACAUGCUCAAGACCCGCUUCGACAAUUUCCCCAAGGGCAAGCCCUUCUCCGCAAUUUUAGGCGAUUUACUCGGCCGCGGCAUCUUCAACGUCGACGGCGACUCCUGGCGGUUCCAGCGCAAGAUGGCCAGCCUCGAGCUGGGUCGGGUCUCAACCCGCUCCUAUUUCUUCCAAAUCGUGACCCGGGAAAUCAACCGCCGCCUCCUCCCCCUCCUCCAAUCCGUCUCUUACGAAAACAAAUCCCUCGAUCUUCAAGACGUCUUUCGGAGAUUCUCGCUCGACUGCAUAUGCCGAUUCUCGUUCGGAAUCGACCCAAAGUGCCUCGAGCUCUCAUUACCCCUCUCCCAAUUCGCCGUCUCUUUCGACUUAGCCUCGAAACUCUCGGCCGAGCGGGCAAUUCUCCCGUUCCCGAUAAUCUGGAAAAUCAAACGCCUGCUCAACAUCGGCACCGAAAAACAACUCCACGAGUCGAUCAAAACAAUUCACCUACUUGCCCGUGACUUGAUUCGCCACAGAAGGGAGCACGGGUUUUCAGGGCACGACGACCUUCUGUCCCGAUUCAUGGCCUGCACAGAGGAUGAAACUUAUCUUCGUGACAUAAUCGUGAGCUUCUUACUCGCGGGCCGGGAUUCUGUGGCCUCAGCCCUCACGGGCUUCUUCUUGCUCGUGGCCCAGCACCCGGAGGUUGAGGAAGCCAUUUUGAGUGAGGCAGACAGGGUUUUCGGGCCUGAGCAGGGCCCGAACAGCUGCGGGCAGCUUCGGGAGCUGCACUACUUGCAUGCUGCUGUGUAUGAGAGCAUGCGACUUUUCCCGCCAAUACAGUUGGACUCAAAAUUCUGUUCGGAGGAUGAUGUGUUGCCUGACGGGAGCUCUGUGAGGAAGGGGACUCGAGUUACGUACCACCCGUAUGCUAUGGGGAGAAUGGAGGAGAUAUGGGGGCCCGAUUGCCUGGAGUUCAGGCCCGAGAGAUGGCUUAAGGAUGGGGUGUUUUGUAAUGUUGAGAACCCGUUUAAGUUUCCGGUUUUUCAGGCAGGGAUAAGAGUAUGUCUUGGGAAGGAGAUGGCUAUCAUAGAGAUUAAGUGUGUGGCGAUUUCGAUCUUGAGGAGGUUUCGGGUCGGGCUUUUUAAGCCCAAGCAAAGCCCAGUGUUCUCACCUGGGCUGACGGCCUCAUUCAGGGACGGGCUUUCGGUUUUUGUUCGGGCCCGUGAGGAGUAG